AUGCUAAUUCCCUUAUUUCUCUCCUUAAUCCCUUUCAUCAGCUCCCAAACGUGCCCAGAUAUUCAAGCUUCCUCUUGCGAAGAAAAACAAAAUAUGUCCAGAACUCUGCGCACCAUUGCAAGAAUCAUAAACCCUCCAGAGCUUCCAGAAGGUGAUGGAGCUCGUGUUAGGCGUGUAGUCGGGACUAAUCAGCUGAAAAACCUAGAUCCUUUUCUUAUGAUGGACCACUUUUUUGUCUCGAAGCCUGCAGGCUUCCCUGAUCAUCCUCAUAGAGGCUUUGAAACCGUGACUUAUAUGAUCACUGGGUCUUGUAAGCAUGAAGAUUUCAAAGGCUAUGCAGGAGAAAUUGGUCCAGGAGCUGUGCAGUGGAUGACAGCUGGUAAAGGAAUUAUGCAUGCUGAGAUGCCUGGGACUGAUAGUAUGGAAGGGCUGCAGCUUUGGGUGAAUUUAAGCAGAGAGUAUAAGAUGUGCGAACCAAACUAUCAAGAUGCUGGGGAGUCAGAAAUUUUGAAGGUAGAAGGUGAUGGAGUGAGAGCUACUAUUAUAGCAGGGACAUGUCUUGGACAAACUGCUAGAACAGUGACAAGAACACCUACCUAUUACUUUGUAGUUGAGUUGGAAAGAGGAAAAACCCUUAAUCAAGAAAUCCCUGAUGGGUGGAAUGGAUAUGUUUAUGUUCUUAAUGGGACUGUCUCAAUAGGAAAUUCAAAUUUAUCAAGGUUUCAAGCAGGAAUUUUAACUCAAAACGGAGAAUUAAGAAUAGAAAGUAGCGAGGGAGCGAAAUUUGCUUUGCUGGCAGGAAGACCAAUAGGUGAGCCUGUGGUGCAAUAUGGGCCAUUUGUUAUGAACACUCGUGAAGAAAUAGAAGAAACCUUUAAUGAUUUCAGAAGCUACAGAAAUGGGUUUGAAGCAGGCAGAGGUUGGGUCUCAAAGAUCAGAGAUGGAUAA